UUUAAUUACCGAAUCGUUUGGCUGGUAAGGUUCUCAUUUCUUGAUCAGUAAAAUACUGAAGUUUUGUUUUGCACGCGCGUAUAUAUUUUAUAAUGUAUAAAAAUAAAAUUCCAACAUCCGAUUUUCUUAUACAUAUCGUUAUAUAUAUAUAUAACGAUAUUCAUUACGGUGUAAUCACAGUUAUCGGAAAAUCGAUGGAUUCCGUCCAUCGUCAUCAGAAGGAAAAUCGCCGGUAUCCGGAUUGUCAUAUAGUCGAGUACUAACACGGUUUUUUUGCCGGUGAUUGCGUAGAGUGAUCGUCCGAGCGUGAAGUCCGGCCGCCUUUUGACCGCUACCUUGAUGCCCUUCGAUGACUCGUAAUGAUCACCUGCACGGCACCUUAGUCUAUUUUCUGCACGUAUAAAUGUACGCGCGACGGUAAAACGUCCGUACGAUCGUAUAUUCAUUCGCAGUGCACCGCGACGUGUCCGUUAAGUGUGUGGUCUUCUCUCGGAGGAGUUCCGAUCUUUCGAGGUAAAAAAAAUUUCAUCGGAUAUUUUAUAAAAAGUGGACUUUUCUCACGCCAAAAACAAGUGAAUUUUUGGGAUAUAUCGUUUCUCCGCAUUUGUACAGAGUUACACGUUUUACUUAUUGAAAAGAAAAUAUUUUUUUUAGAAACAGAAAUAAUAUAUUCUACAAAAGUGGAUUUCAAGUUAAACGCUUGUUUCUGAUAUUCCCUAAACACAUUUACGUGCGGAUAAUUUAAAAUUUUUCGAAAACCUCUUAGAAUCAACAGUGUACCAACCACUCUGUGCAUUUUGUCAAACUUGUCUCUCAAAAACAAAAUGUAACACACCAGAUAGAAAACUUCCAUCUACGAUCUUAGACGAAAAACAAACUUGUUCGUCAAAAAGUAGAUUUUAGUUCUCGCUGCAACUCGGAAAAGUGUUUUUUUAUUUGAAUUUUAUAAAAGGGGAACCACUCAGAAAACCCGACUUUCCAUCCCCCCUGCACUGAGUGCAGAGAGUGAACGAUCAUAGAUGACAGAGCUCAUCCGACAAGUCGGGAACUACUGUCGUUCUCACGCUCAGGAAAGUGAGCUUCCUCUCGUCAUCGUGGUUGUAUCAACUCCCAUGUUAGGGAUGAGAUGUACUCUCGUACUCUCCAAGUUCUCGUUCUCACACUGACCGCGGUUGUAAGAGCCAGCUGCGACGACAGAACCAAAUGGUAUUCCGGAUUACGGUCUAUGUUAAAAAAUUGCCCGUCAGAGAUCCAGAACAAUUCCGGUCAGGAUGAAUUACUGGAGAUCUUUCGGAAAUGCGUGCAGCAGAGAGCCAUCGAGACUUUGGACGCUCUUCUCGACGACGACGUCAUCACGGUAUUCGAUGGCGUCAAUCUAAUCCGCUUUCGUUCGAACGACGAUAACAGCACGGACUCUAAAUUGGGAGACGAUGCCAGUUGGCCGACGAUCAUCUGGAAUCGAUUAACACGCGUUCUGCGUACUCAUGCUUUCAAGGUCGACCUGGAUCGUAUGUUCAAGACAGCUACCAACACGUCCGAACCAGAUCUGAGUAGCAAUAUCGUGCAAGGCCGAAGACGUCGACAUCGUCACCGUCAUCACAUGAUGCCGAUGAUGAUGAUGGGCCUGAUGCUGUUGGGCUCGGUCUUCAUACCGUUGGGCUUCCAGUUUCUCGCCGUGUUGGGCGGCAAGGCUCUGAUCCUCGCCAAAAUGGCUCUGAUAUUAUCCAGCAUACAGGGUCUGAAAAAGAUAGCCACCAGUGGCGUCAAUUACGGACUUUAUCACUCUCCGAUAGAGGCUUGGCACGACAGGAGUCAUCAAGUGUUUCCCGAAGAAGAGGAACGUUAUCCGGCAUACAUGCCUCCGCACCAUCAUUAA